AACUCUGUGUGACUCCAAUUUCAAAAGGAGGUUUUGAAAAAGAGAAAUCUGGAUCAUCUUCACUGACCAAAUUAAGGAGGCUAAAGACUAAUCUGUUUCACCGAAAUAAAAGAGUAGUGGAUACCACUGCUAACUCUGAUGCUUACUUGGAGGACCUUUUUACAGAUUAUUAUGAAAAAGCUGCGAGCAUGACUGAUGUCUCUACAAGCUAUCUCAGAGAAGGGUCUCAUAUCCGAAUUAAUUUACUUAAUAACAACAUCCCAAAAGGCCCCUGUGUCCUUUGUGGAAUGGGAAGUUCUAAAAGGGAGACAGUCUAUGGAUGCCUCGAGUGUUCUUUUAAUGGACAAAAGUAUGUACGACUGCAUGCUGUGCCCUGUUUUGACCUCUGGCAUAAGAGAGUAAAGGAACUGAGCUAG